GCCCAGCCAGCAGGAACCCGGAAGCGGGCGGUGCUGCAGUCACAGCCGUUUCCUGCCCGGGAGAGAGUAGCUGGGGUAGAAUCUGUCGAAGCAGAGCGGCGGCGGCGGCGGCGGAUCCGGAGCCAUGACUCACCAGACCGGCAUCCACGCCACCACAGAACUAAAGGAUUUUUUUGCCAAGGCCCGGAACGGUUCGAUCCGCCUCAUCAAAAUCGUCAUUGAAGAUGAGCAGUUGGUGCUGGGAGCCUACAAAGAACUGUCUCGGCGUUGGGAUAAAGACUAUGAUUCCUUCGUGCUGCCGCUGCUGGACGAACUACAGCCAUGUUACAUUCUCUACCGCCUGGACACCCAAAAUGCACAAGGCUAUGAGUGGCUUUUCAUCUCCUGGUCACCUGACAAUUCCCCUGUUAGACUGAAGAUGCUCUAUGCAGCAACCAGAGCAACAGUGAAGAAAGAAUUUGGAGGAGGACACAUAAAGGAUGAACUAUUUGGAACAGUUAAGGAAGACAUCUCGCUCAGUGGUUACCAGAAGCACGUGUCGUCCUGCUCUGCCCCAGCUCCUCUGACUGCAGCUGAACAAGAGCUUCAGCAGAUCCGCAUCAAUGAGGUCAAGACUGAAAUCAGCGUAGAGAGCAAACACCAGACCCUCCAGGGACUGGCUUUUCCUUUGCAGCCGGAAGCACAGCAAGCCAUUCAGUUACUAAAACAGAAGAAAAUCAAUUACAUCCAGCUGAAACUGGACCUGGAGAGAGAGACCAUAGAGUUGGUUCACACGAAUGCCACUGAGAUAGCAGACCUGCCUAAACGAAUUCCUCAGGAUUCUGCCCGCUAUCACUUCUUCCUGUAUAAGCACUCUCAUGAGGGAGAUUAUCUGGAAUCAGUUGUGUUUAUCUACUCCAUGCCUGGCUACAAAUGUAGCAUCAAGGAGCGCAUGCUGUACUCCAGCUGCAAGAGCCGACUGCUUGAUUCAGUGGAGCAAGAUUUCUGUCUAGAGAUUGCAAAGAAGAUUGAAAUUGAUGACGGAGGUGAGCUGACGGCAGAGUUCCUGUAUGACGAGGUCCACCCCAAGCAGCAUGCCUUCAAACAGGCCUUUGCCAAGCCCAAGGGUCCCGUGGGAAAACGAGGACAAAAGCGACUUAUCAAAGGACCAGGCGAGAACGGCGAAGACAGCUAGAUGCCAGUGCAUAGGAGGAUGGGUCAGGAAAGGGGCUGUGAAUGUCUACCAGCCUCCAGAAUUGCAGAUCCAACCAAAUCCAUCUCUCUGCAUCUGAGCCUGUCCACCAAACUCCAGAAUCUUUCCCUCCACCUCUUUUUUUCAGAGUCAUGUCCACCUUGGCUUCAUUAGGGGGAGGGAGGGUAGGAACCUGAGGUCAGGGAGGAAGAGGGAGAACUGUGAGUGGUGUUUUCUCUUCCCUCUUGCUUUGUUAUUGCAUAAACCCUGGGAGGGGAGCCCCCCUCCCAAUUGUUCUCAUUUGAAAUGACUCUUAAAGUGAUGCUCCUGUUACUGCUUCACAUUGUGACCUGGUUUACUUGGAACCUUCACGGCUCAAAGAAUUUGUUCACUGCUUGUCUGAAAGAGCUGCUUAUGUGCAAAGAGCAGUCCCCUGAAGUGAGCCCCAGUAUGCCCUUGCUCUCAUGAGUGCUGUGAUUGUACUGCCACAAAACUCAGUCUUCAGAAUUCCCCUACUCUUAACACCACCCCUUUCCAAGAUACAUAGGUUUGCAUAGAAGUUGACUCUGUACUCAUCUAUGUUCUGUGAGUGAUUUGAAGUUUGAGGACUAUAUUCCAGGGAUUAACACUGCAGCGGGGCCUCCUCCCCCACCUCCUUCUGUUUUGUGUGGCUUCAGCCUGUGGAUUUAGUGGGGAAAGUGCUUAGAGUUCAGUGGGGUUUACUUAAGGGCCAGAGUUAUGUUGUUUGCAUGAAGAGAAGUCUGCAGGCUUCCAUGCAACCAAAGCAAAGACGGGGUUCCUGAGAGCUCCUCUCAUUUCAUCAGUGAAUAGCUUUUGGCACCCAGUUCUGGGCUAGACCAUGAAGCCUGGUUUGUGGCAAGAGGGUGAUUUUUCCAACCCAAAUUCAUAGAUGGGUACCACCACGAGGAGUUCUGUAACUCUCCGUUUGUGGCUGUCCAUUGGCAACCACUUGGCUAACUGCUGUGCUCGUUCCCCACCAUUUCUUGCCUCACUUUGAUCACUCACUGCCUUAUGUUACAAGAUUACAUUAGAAGAAAAAGCAAGGGCAAUUUGAAGCUGGGAGUGGCAGCUCUUUGACCUGCUGUGUUCAGGGCUGCAGCAACUCGUGACUCCGUGUAGACCUCCAGUGUGCUUUACCGUGCAUUGCCAACAUGCCAGCAUCUUACCCUCUAUUGUCUUGCAGCCUAAUGGUGCAUUGACUUACUGAGAUAUUGCACUGACUUACUGAGAUAGUGAGGCUUGAACUGCCUUCUCCCAAGCUAGAUGGUUCCAAAUGGUUCAUCCAGUUUGGCUUUUGCUGAAAAGCCAUCCAACCCUUCAGCCCAGUGAUUGAGUGUUUGUCCUUCCCCCACAGCCCCAGGACACCACACUCAGCUCUCUCCCUCUCCCUCUUCCUCUCCCCCUUUGUUAUAUUCCAACACCAUACAGACUUUCAGCUACAGUGCAAAAUCACACUGAUCUUUAGCUAUAUAAUAGAGCUUUGCCAAGCGAAGGGAACAUUGGCACUUUCACAGGCCACUGAACACUGAUUGGGUUGUAUUCUUCAUGGAACGGACUUUGUCCAUAGGGCUGUUUAUUUCCCAUCAUAGAUGUUUACCAUGGCAGUAACACUCUGUAGAUCCAUGUAAACCAGGUGGAAGGAAGGGAUGGCUGGUGCUGUGAGAAUGUCACCCAUGUGCAGGGGUGACUGGAGCAGCUCGUGGUAGGGCAACUGAGUUGCUUAUGGGGUUGGAAGAGGUCUUCUCAACCUGCCUCUGAAGGCAAGAGGAACACUCCCAAUUCGCAGAAGGCUCGAGCCAGGAAUGUGACCUAGACUGGGGCUUCAGAACAUCAUUGUGGUAGAUGUAUCCAUUCCAUGGGGGAGGGAGGGGGCAGUGUCAAGGAAUUUAAUGUGCAUGAUUAAAAUUCGCCUUCUGGCCCCAGGGGAGCUUCUUAGUGGUCUGUUUUGUAUUUCAUGCAAAAGAAACUCUUAAUCCUUUUCUACAGAGCCAAUCGUAUGGUGUUAGCUUGAUGGUUUCAGACUUUGAUUUCUUCCUUGCCUUCUCUCACACCUCUUUCUUGUUUUUCAAGUCAGUAUAUUCUUUUGGAGUCUAUAGAGGAGCCAGAGAAUUUUAAGCAUCAAUGUUGCUGGAAAGGAAAUACCCUGCGUUUGCUCUAGCUCACCCAUCCCUGUGAUGGAAGUAGCUGGAGCUUGGUCGAAAGGCAGGGCAGGUUUCUCCAAAUUCAGAGCAUUCUGCACUAGAGCAAUUCCAAGUAUCUGUUUUUAAACAAACCAAACAAUAAUUCAUACAAUCCUUGCAGAAAAGAAAUCUCAAUAUUGGCUACCCACUCUUUUUGAGAUGAUGUGCUCACAUUUUGCCAUCUUGUGGGGUUUAUUGGAAGGAUUUGGAACACUGAAAACUUCUCCAGCAUUGAGAACUUGCCCAGCAAUACUUUUAGAUGUGAGCAGGUCUGGUUUCCAGUAUGAACCCAUAAGAACACAUUGAUUAAGAUCAAGGUAUGGACCUAACCUAGCAUGACCUGUUCAACUGACAGGGGCCAGGUUCAAAUGGAGACAGUGAAAUCUUCUACUGAUCUUAUUUUUGGUGGCCAAACCCCAAUUGCCAAUCCACAUACUGGGACUUACAUACAGGAGGAGCGUGUAUUUUUCCAAGAAAGAGCUAAUAUCUGGAUUUGGGCCCCUGUGACUUCUGUGAUGGGGUUGGAAUUUCCUUUCCCCUGGAGCUCUCCUAGACAGCAGGUUUCACCAUGGAUUUUCUGCGAGGCUUUACUGCGAGUCUGAAGUUGCCCCCAAAAACCCACUCCAAAAGUGGAUUUUUAAAAGAACGCUGGAUAUAAAUCUGGCUAUACUCUUAACACGCAAUGAAAAACUCAAAUUGUGUGUGAAGUGCUCCCUGAUAGCUCGCAAGGACUUCAGGGAAAAUUUGGCCGAUAGGUGAAGGCACACCUCCAUUCUGGAGGAGAUGCAAACUAAAAACCAGGUGUGGAAACCUUCCUGGCUCCUCUUCCUAUAUAGAACUAUCAUUGUUGAUAACUUAAAGCUCUCUGUUUGGCAUCUCUCUUUUUCUUGAGUAACACUGAGGCAGAAGUUCUGUGGAGAAGUCUACAUUCUUGAUUGGGUGUGUCACCCAUGCAUGAACCUAGUUCAUCUGUGUUUUUAAUGUGCUGCUGGCUGCUGCCACCCUCUUUGGGAAUUUCACAGCCACUGUGAGAUAUAGCAAAUAAGCAAAGGGUUUUGUUGAGGGGUUUUUCUCUAUUCUGUUUUGAGGUAAUGCAUACUGGUGCCUCCAUCAUUCCAUUCCCUCGGGAAUGUGCAGACAUCUAUCUGUUCUUAAGAGUGUUUACCACAGGCCCAAGAGAAGGGCCAGUGAGAGGAGCAUUUGCUGACUUGGGUGUGUUUUCCAUUCUGAAGCUGGAAGAGAGCAAUCGCCAUGUCCUAGAGAACUUACUUCUUUGGGAUUCCUGCCACCCACCCCCACCCCCACCACAGAUGAAAAACAAGCAUGUCAUUUUUAAAAUUAUCCCUGGGGUGAUCACUGUCAUGUGCUUUUACUUCCACUCCCUGUAAGGUUUGCCUCAUGUUAAUUAAUCCACCUGAAAGGAUUUGGGUGGCUGGAGCAGCCAAGGCCCAAUGUAGUAUGUAGGCUGUCAUCAGAUUAGUUCAAAUCCAUCCUUUUGCUGUAUUGAUGCAGAACAUUACCAUGUAAUGAUGAUGGUCCAAUCAGUACCCUUGAAGAUACGAUCAGUUGUCAUUUGAGGACCUAUUGGAACUUCCAUGAAGGAAAAGAGAAAACCACUACGUUGCAUCUCAGUACUGCCCUCCUUGUCUCAUCCUCUCCUUUUCAACAACCUAACACUAAGGGCUAAAUCUGGCUCUUCUAAAGUAAUUAUAGAAUUGCUGUUUCUCCAUCCAUUGGCACAUCCCCUCCUCCCAUCCACUAGGCAAAUCAUCCUUGGAGAUAAUAAGGAAAAGUCUCUUGUUCAUGGCAGGUCACCUGGGUUUCAGGGCCUUCUGGAGGAUCUUCCUACUACUACUACUGUUUUUCAACAGAAGUCUCCAAAGCAGUUUACCUGACCUAAGAAUCCACCAUGCAAGUUAAAGAUCAUAAUUAUUUGGGAGCUCAAUAAAUAUCUACUGUUCCCUGCUCUCUACUCAUCCAGGCUGCAGAAUAGAAAGCUCCAUGUUGUUGCCUUCCACAUCUUACACCAUUGUCAUGUUUGCCAAGCCCUAGGAACACUUCAAAAACAAAACUAGAAUGGAAUGUUACUUGAAGCAUCUGGGAUGUCCUGUGUGUAUAACUGGGAAGCUCCAUGCAUCCUUGCUUGAGAAAAUUGCUCCCCAUUCUAAAAUAUGUUCUGGAUUAGUUAGCCUGGAUCCACACAGACAAGUAUCUAACAAAUGAAUAUUGCCAUUUCUCCAUCCAGGAGCAAAAUCACUAAUGAGAACUACUUUAUUAGGCCACCCCAGCUUUUCUAAAUUAUUAUGACUGCCAGGGUCAUUGUUGGAACACCCACCAUACAUCUUUAUUCUGAACUUAUUUUGAUCUGGGCAUGAUCAUUUUGAUUGCUCAUGCCUUGAUACAGAGGACCAGGGGAAAUUUCAAAGCAAUUCCAGGAAGACUAUUGAUUCCUAAGUGGUUUUUGAAAGAGCCACAUGUUUGUCGCAUUUGAGACCUUAGUUGUACUGUAGAACAACAGUAGUGCACAAAAUCAUUGACAGCUGUAAUACAUUCAUCACAGACGAGGAUCUAGCAAAUUGUAGAUUCCUAGCUGUUAUGUCAAAAAGACAGGGCUAGCUGACAAGAUGGCAAAAAUGUGGAGUCCCUCAUAUCUGUCAUUGGGUUUAAAAGCAAGCCAGAAGCAACUAUGACCUUAUCUACACUUGCCAUGCCUAUGGUCUUACAUGAGCACCAGAGUUGAAGAGACUAGGAGAUGCACAUUCCUGAUUGGGCUGGAUGAUGAUGUGGAUUUGGAGAUUAUGAGGGAGGCAGGACACACUGUACUGAAUGCUGUAUUUUCUAAAAAAUAAAAAUAUAAAGUAUUUUUAAAGCAA